GUGAAAUUCAUGCGGGACGCUACUGUUUUGUGCUGCUAGAUACUCGGAAAAGUCGUGGAAAUAUAAUUUCGCGAUCAUUACGCUCUUGCUAAUGCUGAAAGUUUAUAAUAAUAAUUUUGAUUUAAAUAGUUACAAGUAUCCCUGCUACGUGUCCUAGACUAAUGGCUAAAAGUUUUGUGAUACACGUCUGUUUAAUUUUGCUCACGUUUUGCCCAGGUAAAGGAAAUCGUCGGAAGAAAAUAAUUGACAAUUACAAACGCGAUUUCUCUCUACAGAAAAGAAUCUUCGAUUGGGAUAAUCAAGAAAUUUACGCGUAUAGUGAGUAUUAUAAUGAAUACCCGAAUUACUCAGAGAUUGAUUAUGACUACGGCACUUCAAAUCAUAACAAAAGAGACUUUAAAGAUAAACUAAAAUGGGAUAGCAAUGGUCGUAAGAACGAAAAAUCAUUUAUUCAUAAUAUCCCUAAAAAAGGAGACGCUCACAACAAAUUCCUUGAUAUACCUUUGCAAAAUAAAACAAAGAACACUAACAUCGUAUUGAGUAUUUCGAGCGAAAAGUGGCCUACAUUUGAGGACAUACUCUUAGCUAUGGGAAAGAAAUAUGAUUGGAAAAAUGAUCGAUGGAUUAAGGUUAAAAAGAAAACGAAGGAUACGAUUCAAUUGGGGCAUAAAAAUGUAAAUAAGAGCAUAAACUUUCAUGAAAAACAUAGAUUUAUUUAUAGGAUAGUGAGAUUAAACAGACCUAAAAGUAAAAGAAAUAUUAUAUUAGCUGUCACAGCAGUUAGAUAGAUAUCUAUGGAAUAUAAAUAUUAUGAGAUGGGAAACGAAGCAGAUGGAUUUUUAUAACAAGUAACGGGACCAAUUUGAUUGGAGAUGAUUGUUAAAAAUCUAAAGUGUAGGUAAAAUGGGCUGCGCGUUAAACACAUCUUUAUAUGUAUAUAAUAUAUUGUUCUGCCAUCGGAAAAGUUUAGUAAAGCUGAUACUUAUUGUCUUAUUCAUAUUAUUGUGUCUCAAAUUCCAUGAAAAUGUACAGUUGCGUUAUACAAAUUGCAAUAGAGUCUAUGGAUUUUGUUUUAAUGACAUAUAGCAAUAGAAAAUGUUUAAACUCAAUAAUAAAG